AAUAUUUGCAGAAUAGCAACAUAUGAGGCAAAUGGAACUGAACAUUGGAGUCCAUAUGCUGUUCCUCUUUCUUAUUGCGUCGCUGAAUGCUGUGUUGGCUGUGGAAGUUAUGGUCACUGUUGAUGAACAUGGCGAAGAAUUAAUCCUCGAUAAUAUAAAAUAUUUGAGUGUAAAAGCUGAACAAGUACAUUUCUUAUCGUGGGGUUUAAACCCCCAUACUGGGGCUGAGUUACCAGAUGGAACUGUAGAAAUCUACGAAGUCAGGUCAGCUUACAAUGAUUUUCGAAAUGGCGUUCAAAAUCUGCUCUGUGGCAACUUCAUGUGUCUAUAUGGAUCUGAAUGUAAAAUGGAACUUUUAGAACAAGUAUAUUCAGCAGACGCUCUGAAUAGAGCAUCGGAAACUAGAUCACGGCUAAGCCAAUUAUACAAUGAAAAAAGUCUGGAUCAAAUUUGGAGCAUCGACUACGUUACGUCGCUGAUAAAGGAAUUCAGUGACCCAUGGGGUCUGUUCAAUUACCAGUUAGAAAAUGAAAAUUCUGAACCAUCGGCGAUUCUACCGAUCACUACUAAUUAUUUUUCUGAUUCUGAAUGGUUGUUCGUACAAACUACAUAUGUUAUAUUCAACCAGAUUAUUCUAUCUCAGAAUCCAAUUCAACUACUUGACAGGUUCGCUGGAUUAAUUGUGAUGUGUGAGUGCUCACACUUGACGGCUGGUGUACACUGUGAACAAUGCAUCAGCAAUAGCUAAUCGUACUCCCGCUAUUCCAAGAGCAUGCAUAUCAGAGCAGAUGUGACAUGGCCAUCUAUUACU